GGUAAGGACAUUUGAAAAUAUUCGUGAAAUGUCCUCCAAGUUCAUAGAUUUCGUUAAAGUUGGCUCAAAGAUUGUGUGUGUUGGUCGUAACUAUGCAACGCAUGCUAAAGAGUUGGGGAAUGCCCUUCCUACAGCACCUAUUUUGUUCACCAAACCGACGACUUGCUAUGUCAAUGAUGGUGGUAUAAUAAGAUACCCAAGCAUAUCUAGUGAUUUACAUUACGAAGUAGAAUUGGGUGUUAUAAUUGGUGAGAAAGCUUCACAAGUUUCAGAAGAUAAAAUUAUGAAUCAUGUUGCUGGUUACACUAUCGCAGUUGAUGUCACUUGCAGAGAUAUCCAGGAACAGUGUAAAAAGGAACGAAUUCCCUGGACUAUGGCAAAAUGUUUGGAUACUUUUUGUCCAGUUGGAAAUUUUGUGUCAUCCAGUGAGAUUGAUCCUUUCAAUACUGAACUUGUGUUAAAGCUCAACAACGAAUUAAAGCAGCACGGUAAUACCAAGGAUAUGAUAUUUAGUGUCCCAUCUCUUCUAGAGUAUAUUAACAGACACAUCACACUCUUACCUGGAGAUGUGAUUCUUACAGGAACUCCAGAGGGUGUUGGGCCUCUAUCUCGUGGUGAUGAGAUUCAUGUUGCUAUUCCUAAUGUUACUGAAGCUACUUUUCAUGUUGAAUAAGCAUGUUCAAAAUCAUUUAAGAAGGACAUUUUAUAUUAUUGCAAUGGUGAUUGCUUUUAUUUCAAAAGAUGCUGUCUUUAGACAUAAAUAAGGUAUGUUACAAUGUUACAAACUAGACUGUAAUAUGAUUGACUGUCACAUCAUUAUUCACAGCAUUAUAUAAGCUUCACCUUAUAAUCGAAUCAUGAUCAUUGUCAGUGUAAAUGAAAAUGAAGUGACAUUUCAUGGAAAUCACACAUGUAAAAUGUAAAUGUACUUGAAAAAAAACUUAUAUUUUUGUUAAAUUUUGUUCAAAUUUUCUAGAAAUCUAUUUAUAA